UUAACAUUGAUGGAUGCAUCUAGACGCACUUUUAAUCUACUUCGCUGUUUUAAUUGCCCGUCUGCAGAAAUCCUCAUCUACAAGGACUGCCUACUUGUACAAUUUGACUCGGAUCUUGAGGCCGCUGGGGCAGUUCAGUGUGAAGAUGGAGCACAGUUUUUUGGUUCAAUAGUUUCUGUCAAGCAUGUUGAACCGUCGACGUUGAGUUCACUACGUCGAUCCGGGCCCCCGGUUGACCGGUAUCUAGCUGGUGGAAGACGGUUCCAACCGCCAGGUUCGCGUGAUCGCGAUAGAGAUCGAGAUUCCGAUAGGGAUCGUACACGGGAAAGGGAUCGUGGUCGAACUCGCGAACGGGACGUAUCUCCCCGUGGUCGAUACCAUGAUGGAUCCUCAUACGACCGGCGCCGACGACGUGAAGACUUAUCUCCACGCAAACGUUCGCGUAGCCCCUUAGGUCAACGUGGAGAUCGCCGACACGUACAUCCCUUGAACUGGCUGUCAGAAGUCGCUGGAGGUGAUACUACUGGGCCUGUCAACGGGUCAGCUCCCGCCGCACCAAAAGCCCUUAGCUCCACUGCAACUACCGCUCGAACACCACCACCCUACACAGUUGCUAUUGUCGCUGUUCAACAUGACCUCGUACCCUACGCAGAGACAAUUGAAAAACGCGUCUCUACUGGAAUCCGGAUACCGGAAAACCGCGAUCCUGCCUCUCUGCGCACGCACAUUGUCGUUCUUCUCUCAGCGGAUCACUUGACACCCUGUCUAGCUGACCUUACUAGAGAUCGUGUCCCGUUCGCCAUCAUCUGUACGACAACUAACUGGACGCAUGGCUCAUGUACCCUGCGUAUUCUGUAUGUGCCAACCCAGCAAGAACACCGCAACAUGCCGCUUGACGAUGCAAUGCUCCUGUUGCAGAAAGAGUAUGAUACCUAUCUGGCAACAGAGAACGAGGCGCCCCCAAUGGUCCCACUAUCCUCGGAGCCAACCCCUAUGGCCGAUCCCGAAGACCACACUUUCCUUGCUCCUAGCCGAAAUAUGGUCACCCUUCUCCGUAUGUUAGCCGACUCUCGGAUAUUAAGCAUAGGAGAACUAGAUGAAAUUGCGGCUUUCGUACAGGAACGUAAGCGACGACUUGAAGGGCGGCGACUGGAUACCUCAGCUGAUGGACACAAUGGAAAUACAACGGACUUGAAAUCUCGGAUACUCAAUAUGCUCUAUCCUCAAACACCAGUGAGCAGUACUCCGACCAACUCUUUGACUGGAUUAGGUAGCUUCCAGGCCCUUCCGAAUUCUACGGUCACUCCACAGUCCCAGAUGAAUGCUUCUAAUGUUCAACAGGUGCCACCUGGCAUGGCAAAUCCAGUUGUUCAACAGGCCAUUGAUACACUGAUGAUGCUACCUAGUGACCGGUUCUCUCAACAACAGCCAUCCAUGCAGCAACAGUCAGUUGGUUCCCAACAGAACGCGAACGUUGAUGUUCUUGGUGGGCGUUCGUCUAGUGGUUACCCCAAGGGCCCUACAUCUGGAUCAAUGGACCGCGGAGCUGGUGCAAUGGGUAACCGGCCACCAUACGGCAGUGAGCCAAACAAGUUUGGAUCUGGUCGAAUGGAACGUUGCGGUAGUGGUAUGGACGACGAGAGAGCUAAGUUUGGUCAGCCACAAAAAUUGACGGACUACUCAAAUCUUGAGAGUAAAUCGGGCCAAGGAUUCGGUCCUCAGCGAUAUUCAACAUACAAGCAACCAUAUGGGGAGGUUCCAAAAAGCCAGACUCCUGUUGGCCAACAGAAGAAAGAACCAGUUAGAGCGGGCAGUGGAUCAGCUCAAAAGUUUGGUUCCAGGGGCAGUGAUGAGGGGGCUCCUGGCCAUCAGGCCAUUCCCCGAGAUGAGGAAGGGAGUGCUCAGCACUGGCGAGGUCGCAAACGUGGAAAACGCGGUGGUGGUGCCGGUCGGGGUGGUUUAUCCGAUGGACGUCAAUCCUAUCCAUCGCCUGACCAAAAAGGUCAACGCCAGCCUCAACAACCGCACGAUUUGAUGGCGACGGAAGUGGCGCCCGUUGGCUCUCUUGCGGACAGCUACCGGCAGGCAGAUCCUUACAAAUAUGCAUAUGCUGGAAGGCCUGGGCAAGUUCCACCCGGUCCUGUUGCAGCGUACCCUGGGAUGGCGCCUUAUUACAUGCAGCAUGUUCCUGGCUAUCCUUAUGCAGGUCAACCUUACUAUUAAGACGUUCGUUUUGACUUUCUGAGUAUCCCACGUAAACAGUUAAAUCAGAGCGCGUAUUUCUUACAAUGUUCAAUCUUGCAUUUUCAAUCAAACUUCCGUUUGAAAAAUUUCCUAUAAAGUCUAUGUUGUUAGCCUCUCCACAUCAACACCUGUUUUAGCUCAUCGCCAUAAAACUGUU